AUGCAGAAAGCCCGCACUGCUUCUUCCGAGAAGCAAAAGGUCACCCUUAGCUGCGAGCAAUGCCGCCAACGUAAAACACGAUGCGAUAAGACCCAUCCUUGCGGCGCUUGCCAACGCUCAGACUUGGAGUGCACUCUCGUCCGCCGUUAUCGGCUCCCAAGGGGGCGCGCCGGAACCGAUAACAUCAAAGACGCUGAUUUGAAUAACCGUGUCGCCAAAUUGGAAAACAUCCUUACGGACUUGCAAUCUAGCGGUAACUCCAGAGCAGUGCAAUCCGAGCUUCUUGAGCAGAAGGCAAGUCUGAACAACGAGGGGGUCGAUGGCUCCUUCUGGGCUGCACUCAAUGAUGAGGUAGCUGGGAUUCGUGAAACGCUCGAAGAAUUUCCAGAUGACGAGUCUGACGAUCUUUACCAAAGUACUUUGCCGAGCGCGGACAAUGGCUCAUCCUCCCAGGACUUUGACAUGAUCCUGUUUGGCGCCUCUUCUUGUGUGGUCAAUCCUGCUUUACUGGAUCUGCCUCCCAAGUCAAUGCUCAUCGCGCUUCUGGAAACCUACGUCUACCGAGUAGACUCUGUUCUGAAAGUAAGCCACGUGCCCUCACUCCGUAAACUCUUGCUUUCCGAAGAACCAGUAUCUGCAGAACCCUUGGAUUGUCCAUCUCGCGAAGCGCUCAAAUUUGCCAUGUGCUUCACAGCUGUCUGUACCAUGACUGAGGUUGAAAGUCGGAAGAUGUUCAUGGAGGAGAAGGACAAGAUCAUAAACAGAUUUCGUCUGGCAACCGAAGUGAUGCUCUCUCGAGCAAAGUUGCUCACCACUUCAGACAUUACCGUGCUCCAGGCCUUCGUAAUAUAUCUUGCUGGACGCCGCACUUGUACUGGCUACAAGAAGAUCUGGACUCUGAUUGCAAGCGCUGUUCGCAUUGGGCAGUCCCUUGGGUUGGACAACGAUGAAGGCCGCUUCCGGACCCCCUUUCAGCUGGAGAUUCGCCGGAGGGUGUGGUAUUCAAUCGGUCUACUUGACAUGCAAGCAGCAUUCGAUGGGGGAUCGCACUCCGUGAUCGCUCAUAACGGCUUGCUGGGUCGUCCACCCCUCAAUAUGGACGAUUCAGCCAUGUCUUCAGCUUUCAGUCGAUCCGUCUUUGUUGAGCAACCAGGUCUCACAGACAUGUCCUUCAGCUGCAUGACACAUGAGGGACUGAUUUGCUGGAGAAGGCUAACCCACGUUCCCACGAAUUCCGAAGGCCAACCCGUGAAGAUAAGGCAAGACUGGACCAACAGAUCCAAGAUAGUCAUAGAUUGGGAACAGCGCAUGAACGAAAGAUAUCUAAAACAUUGCGAUACGACGCAGCCCUUUCAACGGUUCAUGAAAAUCGUUGGCCAAGACAUGAUUGUAUCCAUGAGACUUCUCGAGCGCCGUCCGAUGCAUCGCCUAUUCAGAGCCGGCCCUCCUCCAGCCGACGACUUUAACGUUUUGGAAGUGGCCACUGACGUUGUCGAGGCCUCGAUCCUGAAAUUCACUGACCCGAGCCUCGCACCUUGGAGUUGGUUCGCUUGGGUCAAGUGGUACAUUUUGGCUGUCGUCCUCGCCGAACUUUGUGGAAAUGGCAAUGGGGCACUGAUAGACAGAGCUUGGAGGGUCGCUGAAGAGGCUUUCGCAAAAUUUUCUGAUCUGGUCAUUGAUGUUCUUUGGAGAUCUGUUGAAAGACUUAUGCAAAAGGCACGAUCUACGAGGGACCGCUCUCGAGUGUCAUCGCCACCCAUUUCUGCACCUUUUUAUUCAGGACCAACAUCUUCGCCCGGGAAACCGAGACCAAGCAGAUUCAAUAAGGAAGAGAAUCGAUUUCGAGAUAAUGAGUGGACUUGGCAUGCUAAUAUGCGAGCUCAUGAUCGAAUCUCGCAAGCGGUACAAAACCCAGAGCCUCCGAGCGAGACUGGCCAAUCGAAACCACAAUUGCUAGCAAUGGAUAUUGAUAGUUUUGUGCCCGAGACAAGGGUGGAUGAGUCGGAAUAUAUGUCCUGGGUCAACUGGGAAUCCUUUGUGCAGGAUGUUGGUAACUUCAAUGAGCAAGAUAUGCUAGCGUCAUUUGUGGUUUGA